CUCCCGCGGUAUUGAGUGAUGAAUUGCCACUCAAGUAAGGGUGUGCGGACUAGCUCCGGGCCAGUCAGACCCCCAGGACCGCGACUAGCCUGUGUGACGCUCGUCCAGUCGCUGAAACCCCACUAAUGAAUGGCAGCGGGAGAAUCGCGCAUCGCCUGAUACGCCGGCCGCUACCCCCGGCUCAUUGUCUGGUUAUUUACGCCCGCCUCGCCUUUCACUUUCUUCGCCUCUCCUCUUCCUCCUCUUCUCUUCUCUCCUCACCUCACAGCACAGUCUUUCGUUUGUCCCACCUCUUGCGCUCGUUCGCUACUUCUCGCGGGAUCUUCACCUCCAUCUACUGUCUGUCGUUUCCUCAUCGACUCAUUGAUCGAUUGAUCUCUCUAUCUCCACCCCAGCACAAUGAAGUUCAACAGCGCCCUCGCUCUGUCCUCCCUGCUGGCUCUGGCUGUCGCCCAGGACGCCUCCUCCACCUCCAGCAGCGCAACCACCACCGCCAGCUUGUCUCCCCAGGCCUCCUGCGCGACCAAGUGCGCCGACACCGACAUCUGCUGCAUCGCUCAGUGCUACGAAGUCCCCUGCCCCAACAACGCUCAGGCCAACGACACCACCAGCUGCGUUGCCGCCUGCCCUCAGGGCUCCGGCUCUCCCAGUGACCAAAAGUCCUACGCGAGCUGCCAGAGCAGCUGCUACAGCAGCUACUUCUUCCCGGCCAGCGCCACUGGUUCGUCCGGUUCGUCCGCCACCACGGCCAGUUCCAACGACGCCAGCACCACCAAGAGUGGCAGCUCCUCUUCCACUGGAUCGAGCUCCAACUCCAAGUCCGGCUCCUCGGGAAGUGGCACCAGCACCGCGACAGGCUCCCACGCCAGCUCGACCGAAAACGCCGCUGCCAUCACGCAGCUCAAGCUGGGCGUUUCGGCCGCGGGCGUCAUUGGAUUCGUUCUGGCUGCUUGGGCUCUGUAAAUGAGCUAACCAAGCCAAACCAAACGAACCCUACCCUACCCUACCCUACCUACAAAUACCAGAAUCUCCGGCACCACUGUGUUAAUAUGAAGGAAUUUGAUUAUUGAAGUCACGGGACCCCAAAUAGUUAAUAAUUAUGUCGAUGCGUUAACUUCAUACUUUA